AUGUCUAAUGGGAAAUGGAUUUAUGUCAUUUUCAUGAUUUUGAUGAUUACAUCGCACACUCUGGUGGAUAAUGAUACCUCAACUGAUGAACUUCAUAAAUUGAAAGACUAUAAACCGCCAAAAGAUAAAAUCUGUUAUAAUAUUCAUGGUGGAUCAAUAGAAAUAAACAACACAAUACUAUCAUAUACAGUGGCAAUGGGAAGAACAAAAAAACGGGUAUUAUUGAUAACGAUAGAUUUGUAUGUAUAUGAUGUUCCUGCAGAUUGCUUUGAUCCGACUAGAAAUAUAGUAUAUUUUAAAUAUUUGUCAACACCAAUGAAGGAUAAAUAUCCGGUUCUUUAUCAUAAUCCAAUUUUUAAAAAAAUCAAAAAUAAUAUGAAUAUAUGGAUCAUGUAUGAUAGUGAUGGUGAUUGGAUUUGUAUGACUACUAAUGACAGUAAACAGGCAAUCAAUUAUAAUGUCGAUACAUCAAAAAUAUAUAAAGGAUUUGCUUUAAGUGGAGAAGGGCCAGAAAUAUUGAUAGCAACCCAAGAACCAUGCAAAUGCUAUUCUUUACAAAAAAGAGAAGAUAAGGAAAAUACAAUUACUGGUUCCGGAACGGCUCUUUGGCUUACUGCUUACAAAUGUAAAAAUGGUGAUCGCAUAAUCAACUCGAAUGGAAUAGAGAAAGUGACAGAUUUUAGAUUGCUUUGUUUUGAUCAUGACGAUAGCUAUAUUUUCAUGGUAGAAGGGACAAAGUGUGACAGUAAAAAUACAGUAGAAUGGCCAUUAGCAAGCGGUUUCGUGAGUGAUGGAAUAUUUGUUUUAAUCGGGUUUCCUGAUAACUAUAUAUUUAGUGAAAAUGUUUUUACUCAAAAAGGAAAAAAAAUUAAAAGGACGAUAGUUGCCAAUGAAGAUUUCUACAAAUGUGCUGGCAUUAUUCCGCCCAAAAAAUUUUUAUUGGAUAAUUGCCGGAAUGGUGUUAUUAAUUAUAAUAAUAAGCAGUGUAUAUGUUGCACAUAG